CCUGAAGCAACCUCCUGUCCUCACCAACGCCGUCAAUUCGACCUCGAGGUAUGUCCUGCUCGCUGUUUUCUAUUCAUUUGCAGCCCCCCAGCUAGUCUGGGAGAGCAAUCACCGUCUCGUCUUUGGCUACCUUUUCUCAAUUCGGUCAAAAUGGCGACCGAGAACACAGAAGCCAAAAGAUGCAGGGUGAUACGCUUCUCUCAUCACGACACGGGCUUAAGAACCCCUGGGGGGCACUCUUUGCGCUCGAAGACUACUGGUGGCUGACUGGUUUCUCUCUUUCCGGGAGCAAAAUUUCUCCAGCUGGGUGGAUCCCGUUGCGGUGAGAAAUUUGCUUCCUUAGAGAGUUUCGACUUAUAGAUACCUCAUUUCUACGUUUCCUCGAUUUGAGAAUCUCAACCAACCGUCAAAAUGGUCAAGACUUCCGUCCUCAACGAUGCGCUCAACGCCAUCAACAACGCCGAGAAGGCCGGUAAGCGCCAGGUCCUGAUCAGACCUAGCUCCAAGGUCAUUGUCAAGUUCCUCAGCGUCAUGCAGAAGCACGGCUACAUUGGCGAGUUCGAGGAGGUCGAUGACCACCGCUCCGGCAAGAUCGUCAUCCAGCUCAACGGUCGCCUCAACAAGUGCGGUCUCCCCGACAUUGAGCAGUGGGCCGUCCAGCUCCUGCCCUCUCGUCAGUUCGGCUACGUUGUCCUGACCACCUCCGCCGGUAUCAUGGACCACGAGGAGGCUCGUCGCAAGCACGUUGCUGGCAAACUCCUUGGCUUCUUCUACUAGACAACUCCAUCAGAAUUGAAAUAAAAAGUUUUGAGGUCUUGUCGGUGUGUCGGAAAUAGCAUGGCUUGGGUUUGAUGUAGGAGCGAGGAAAUGCUCAAUGGUCGAGGCGUCUUGGCGAG